AUGAAAGCUUAUAGUUCAAUCUUGAUGAAGCUUUUGGCAGCUCUCUACCUAUCUCUCCUUUGUGCUUCACAAGAUUUUGAUUUCUUCUACUUUGUUCAACAAUGGCCAGGUUCAUACUGUGAUGCAAAGCAAAGUUGCUGCUACCAAACCACUACAAAACCUGUUGUUGAUUUUGGCAAUCAUAGGCUUUGGCCUAAUUACAAGGAUGGGAAUUAUCUUUCAAAUUGUGAUUCUGGCAAUCUCUUCAAUCAAAAUAAGAUUUCAGACCUAAGAAGCAGUAUGCAAAAUAAUCGGCCAACACUAGCUUGCCCAAGGGGCAAUGGAGUGGCCUUUUGGCUACAUGAAUGGGACAAGCAUGGCACAUGCUUUGAGUCGGUUCUUGACCAACAUGGCUACUUCAAGGCAGCUCUUGACUUGAAGAAGCAAGUAAAUCUCCUCCAGGCUCUUAAGAAUGCAGGUGAAUCCUAAUAUAUGUCAAUUUAUAUAAAUUCUGUCCCAUUUCAAGUGAUAUUUAAGAUAAUUUAUUUUUAUCCCACUUUAUUUGCUUUUUUAGAAAAUUAAGAAGGUAUUAUAUUUUAUAACUAUGCCCAUAUUGAAUAAAUAAAAUUAUAUUAAAAAAUAACUGUUUGAGAAAAAAAAAAGGGUAUAGAGGGAAAACAGAAAAAAUUAUCACUGUUUUCACUACUUACAAUAUAAAGUAGAAUGGACUUUUAAUUUUUGCUUCUUCCUUUUUUUCUUCCAACAAAGUAAGAGAUUUUUUUUUUCCGUCUCCUAUCAUUUUCCUCCACCUUUUACUCAAUACAAAAUAUAACUUAAUUAAAGAUUCUUAAUAAAUAUUACUUUUUUAGAUAAUAUUUUUCCCAAUAUAAGCACAAACAAUAAUGUCAAAUAGACUCCUAUAAUGCUAUAAUGAUUAUGACAAGUGAAUUAAAUAAAUAUAAAAAAUAAAAAAACAUAAAAAUUUUAUAACAAAGAGGAUUGGAGUUGGAUUGAAGGGUCCUCAAUUUUGCGUUUUUUUUUUUAAAAGGGAAAAUUUACUAUUUGGUUCAUAGAUUUUUACUAAUAUUAUAACUUGGUCCCUAUAUAUUGGAAAUUAAAUGAUUUACUCUUUCACUAAUGCUCCCGUCAAAAUUAGAGAUCCUUUUGUCCAAUA